AAUAUCACUUCAUAAAUGCAUUUCAAAUGCAGAGCUACUCCACAUGUUUGUGAUGUUUGAUUUCUAAAGAAAGGAAAAUAAACAUCACAGUUUUCGCUUCAUUUUAUUCUUACUUAACGGAAUGUGAAGUGUGAAGUUUGUAAAUGUUGGAACCUGCCAUUGAAACUGCACAAGCGUGUUCCAGAAUAAAGCUGAACUGGCGCCCAAGUUAAGGAGCUUAAGAACGAACAAUUCAAACUGGCAGAACCCACUGAACAGCCUUCACCAUGUUCAAAGAGGUCUAAUGUCAUGUGGUUUUUCAUUUGUUUUUAAAAAUGGGUUUCACUUGAAUUUGAAGAUUUCCUCUGAAGUCUUUUAUUGGUUUACAUUCUGUGCAUUUCUAGAGUCAAAUCAUCCUCUCAUGCAUGGAACCAAAGAAUUUAUUGGCACAUAAAUUGUGUUGGUCUGACACUUCUGUGUUCACACCCUUUUCUUCUCUUAUCAGUCCUCCCACCUCUUCCUCUCGCUGCCAGACUAAACCUCACCACUGCUGCUUUUCAUCUCGCUUUUUCAUCUUCAGUUUGUCUCGAUUCAUCUCCCCUUCUAUCGCUGGAUCAGCCCUCUGUUUUCUCACCCCCACCAUAUCUGCCUCCUCCUCCUCCUCCUCAGUAGUCACUGCAGCAUGUCUAAUGGUUGGGCUCCUUCUCAGCACCGAGCGGAGGCAAGCAACUGCUGCCUCGCAAGUGUUGGCCUUAUCAGGACUGACAGCCUGCUGGACCUGGAGCGAUCCGUAAUGCACAUGCACGGCACCACAAGGACGCAUGCUGACAAAUAUGCUCGCACACAUGCAAGGAAAAUCAAUGCACAAUCACAUACGGAGCUGUAAGCAGAAUAAAUACACCGGGGACGCGGCAUCUUGACACACACAUGCAGCUGUAACGCGACACAGAACGAUGACGCCAACAUUUCUCCCUCACAUGCACCUCUUGCAAAACAUGAGUGUUGGUGAACUUCCAUGCACAUUAUGCGACCAACACAGGAUUUGAUUUAUGAGCUCUGUCCGCACGAGCAGAGGAAGUAUCACAUAUCAGGCUCUGAAGACAAGAGACAUUUGGUCUUUUACAGAAGCAGAAAAUAGAUGGAGGGUCAGUAGGACAAAGUGAGACACAGUAGAUUUGUGCUACAAUAAAAGGAUGAAUAAGAAUUGAAUUGAUGUUGAGGUAUCCGCAGUUGUUGACAUCCAUAUGAUGGAUGGAUUUUUUUCUGAAAUGACCGAAUUCAACACAUUUGUUUCAUGCUUUAAAGAAUGUAUUUAUUUGGUUAAUAUUGAUGAAAUUAUUUCAAUUUGUUAUUGACAUGUGGCGUGGAGAUUACAAUGAAAUUACGUUUUUACAUCGCAGCAGAGUGCUGCUAACAACGCGCGAUCCAACUCUGUCUGGAGAGCUGGGCCCUGUUUUUCACCCCGCCUGCGACAGGCUCCUGCAGUAUACAGCUGUGUAUAUUUGUUUUGGCUCACGUCUUAAUCUCCUCGAAGGAGCUGAACGACGAAACAGAAACAAGACUCCUUGGUUGUUGAGUGGACGAAGCGAAGUGUGACACCGUUCCAGCAGGUGGCGGUAACGUGCCUGCGCGGACUGGAUCUGGAAAAAACACAAACAACUAGAGAGAUGCCACAAAACCAAGAUGGCGGUGCAAGAGACAGCAUCUCAACUCUCCAUGGCUCUUAAAGUACAAGAAUACCCCACGCUGAAGGUUCCCUAUGAGACCCUGAACAAACGUUUCAGAGCUGCACAGAAGAACAUUGACCGCGAGACCAGCCAUGUGACCAUGGUGGUGGCUGAGCUGGAGAAGACACUCAGCAGCUUCCCAGUGGUGGACUCGGUUGUGUCGUUGCUGGACGGUGUGGUGGAGAAGCUCAGUGCUCUCAAAAGAAAGGCUGCUGAGUCCAUCCAAGCUGAAGAUGAAAGCGCCAAACUGUGCAAACGACGCAUUGAGCACCUGAAGGAGCACAGCAGCGAUCAGCCUGCGUCCGUCAAUUUGUGGAAGAAGAAACGCAUGGACCGCAUGAUGGUGGAGCACCUGCUGCGCUGCGGAUACUACAACACAGCCGUGAAGCUGGCCAGACAGAGUGGUAUCGAGGACCUAGUGAACAUCGAGAUGUUCCUCACAGCCAAGGAGGUGGAGGAGUCUCUGGAGAGGCAGGAGACGGCUACUUGUCUGGCCUGGUGCCAUGACAACAAGUCUCGCCUCCGCAAGAUGAAGAGCUGUCUGGAGUUCAGUCUGAGAAUCCAGGAGUUCAUCGAGCUGAUACGGCAGAACAAACGAAUGGACGCUGUGAGACACGCACGGAAACACUUCAGCCAGGCAGAAGGUGGACAGUUGGAUGAGGUCCGGCAGGUGAUGGGGAUGCUGGCCUUCCCAUCGGACACACACAUCUCUCCUUACAGGGACCUGUUGGAUCCAGCCCGCUGGAGGAUGCUGAUCCAGCAGUUCCGCUAUGACAACUACAGACUUCACCAACUGGGGAACAACUCAGUCUUCACCAUCACUCUGCAGGCCGGUCUGUCUGCCAUCAAGACACCUCAGUGCUACAAGGAGGAUGGGACCUCCAAGAACCCCGACUGCCCUGUCUGCAGUAAAUCCCUAAACAAGUUGGCCCAGCCUCUUCCUAUGGCCCACUGUGCCAACUCUAGACUAGUGUGCAAGAUCUCUGGAGAGGUGAUGAAUGAAAACAACCCUCCAAUGAUGCUGCCUAACGGAUAUGUGUACGGCUACAACUCCCUGCUGUCCAUCCGCCAGGACGACAAGGUGAUAUGCCCCCGAACCAAAGAGGUCUUCAACUUCUCUCAGGCUGAGAAGGUCUAUAUAAUGUGAUUGCUGUGCAGCCACAUCUGAGCAGUAACACGUUCUUAGCCUGUUGUCCAUCUGGCCCGGCUCCGUGCAGGCGGGGCCAGUGCCUCCCCGACUCCCAAAAACAACUCACUAGUUCAGACUAACAGCGCACAGAUGCAGAUUCAGGACCACUGUGGUGUUUGUUCAAAAGAUCCAUACCAUUAAGAACAUUUUUAAAAGGGUUUCACCUGUACUCAAGUCAACGUCAAAGUUGUUCAUCAAGUUGCAAAUCUUUUCUGCAAAAAAAAAGUGGGCUCAAUUGGUGGGACAAGUACAGAUAAUUCAGGACUCUAAAACUGCACUAAAAUCAAAGCGUAUCGGAAGAAGUUUAAGGUUGUUAAAAUGGUUGCAAUAUUCCCAACAAUUCUCGUAGGUGUGGUGCGUUUAGUGUCGAAAUGCAACGCAGCCCUGAUAGUUGGAUUCAGACGGCCUUUGUUAGGUGUCCCGUACUUUGCCAGGUUGAUCAUGGAAAGACCAGUUCAAAUACACUUAUGGAACAAAACAGGAGUUGAGAUAAGCUUCAGGGUUGUUGAAAUGGAUUAAAAUAAGAUCUCAACUCAAGUGUUUUUUUGUUUUUUAUUUGAACUAAAUACAUUGUGAAUGUGUUGUAUUACAAUGCAGAAGUCAGUCAAACAGUCUCAUAGCACUGUAUUGGAUGCAACUAGUUGGUCCAAAUUUUUGAUGGAAAUGAAGAGUAAUGCUGACAAAGGACGAAGCAGUUCAUCCAACUUACUCUCAAGGUCAUUUUCACAUCUUUUUUUCUCUUUUCUACGAUAAAAAAAGCUGUUCUAAAGAAACACCCUCGAUUAGUGUUAGAACUUUUUCUGUGACAAAAUAAAGUUUGGGGCCCCAAAUUCCACUGAGAAGGCAAACUUCAGAUAAUCAAUAAAAGGUGUUGAGGUCGUAGUAGAAGUGCUUUGAUGUACCUAACGACUCUUAGGAUUUUUUAAACUGCGUAUAUUCUUAAUAUAUUCUGUUUAUUUUAACUCGCCUCGCAGCUGACAUCAUGUUUGUUGAAAUUCACAUAAUACUUCCUGUUUCUGUGCGGCUCUCCUGGUUCUGAAACUGGUCCUGCAGACAGGUGACCACACCCCGCCCCUCCCCCCUCACAUCACCACGCGGCGCCAGAAACGACUCCUGUCAAGCACACGGACAUUAUCGUACAGGCCGUCACUUUGAAGGGCGUAGACUAGCUAGCUGUUUGGUUCUGAUGAGAUUUUUAAAAAAUAAAUGUUGGUAGGGUUUUGUUUUCGGAGCAAUCCUGUGUUGACCAACUAACCCGAAUAACACGUGCAAAACUAAUAUGGCCUCAAUGUCCUUUGGUAGCAUCUCAUUAUGUGAUGCAUGCUGUUCUUGAAAUUCCACUCUUUGUUUGGGCAUUAAUGUGUGAAAAUUGAAUUUCCUCCCAUUGUGACUGUGAACCAGAUCUGGACCAUACAGGCUCCUGUAGAUACUGUAGUAGACCCCAAUCGAUGAUCCUCGCGUGACUCUGGAGGUAGACACCUGCAGAGGUUUUGCUUGGUGCAGUGGAAGUUUUUUUAAGAAAAAAAAAAAACUCUCGCGUUGAUCAAACGUGUCGUCAGCACCGUCUGGAACGUUCUCGUCUUCCUUUUUCGUGCGUGAGGAUCUCAUCUUCCAUUCAUGACUAGAACGAGCUGUUCAUUUCAUAGUGAUUGUAGUUCAGUAUUGACGAUUUAUUUUGAACUUGACAGCUAUUUUUUCAAGAAUGUGCCGGACAAUAAAGAAGACUG